AUGGAUCUGGAUUGGAUUCUCCCUUUUUGCAGGAUAUCUCCGACGCAGUUGCAUCAUUUAAAAGGUGUUUUCAUUCCUAUUUUACUUUGGGAAAUAUGGAUUAUUAGGAAUGCAGUAGUGUUUCAAUCUCAGAGUUUCCGAUGUGAAGUGGUGGUUCAAAAGGCUUAUACGAAGACCACAAAGUAUAUAGCCACCUUAGUUCCUUCGAGUUCUGCGAAUUAUCAUUCCGUGGUUAAACACAUUGAAUGGUCCUACCCACCUGCAGGUUAUCACAAAUUGAAUACGGAUGGUGCAGCUAAUGAGUUUCUUGAUGUAGGUAUUGGGGGUGUUAUUCGAGAUGAUGCGGGGAAGUUUAUUGUAGCCUUUGCAGAAUACAUAUACAAAAAUGGCAGCGCUAUUCGCCAAGGGUUACAAAUUGCAGAAGCACUGAACAUACAAAACAUGGAAGUAUCUAGUGAUUCUGUCUAUAUUACUAAUCUGUGUAAUCAGGAAGGUGCAGUUCCAUGGUAUUUUGCUAAUAUCCUGAAUGAUAUUUUUCCCUUAGCUAAGAAUUGUUAG